AUGGACAACAUUGAUAAGAGGGUAAGGAGUUACCUAUUCCAAGUUGGUUAUGAAAAGUGGUCUAUAGUGCAUUCCACUGUUAAUAGAUCCAUGGUGAUGACUUCAAAUAUUGCCGAGUCACUCAAUGCAAGAAACGGGGAGGCAAGAGAGCUACCAAUCAUGAGUUUGCUAGAUUACAUGAUGAAUUUGGUUAUGGAGUGGAAUAAUGCAAAUAGAAUGACUGCGAUGAGUAUAUUUACCGGCCUAGGAAAAAUAUAUAACGAAGCACUGAAGGAAAAUAGCAGUUUGUCGCAGAAUAUGACGGUGAUGCCUUCAACCGAUUAUGUAUAUGCUGUAAUGGAUGUUGAACAAAGGCGGAACAUAGUCUGCAUGCAAAAAGGGAAUGCUCGUGCAAACAAUUCCAAGUAUAUGAGAUUCCUUGCCCACAUGCUAUGGCAGUAUUGGACUACACACACAUAG